CGGCACAAAACAGAAGAGUGAGAAAGAGAGCUGAAGAGAGAGAAAGCUCUGCGCAAACUGUCACAAGCCCACCACGUCUUACAGCUUGGCACAUGUUCCAUGCCCAGUUUAAGCGGCACAAGCACCACCUAAACACCUCCUCUCUCUCUCUCUCUCACACACACACACACACACACACACUUCACAUCUUCAGCUUCACCUUCUCUCUCUAACCGUUUAAACAGUGCGAGUCUCAUCUACAACUUCAGUUUCUCUCUCUAACCGUUGCUGUGUCUCUAUAUAUAGACAUUUACGUGUAUACAUAUUUAUAAAGCUCAUUCUCGUCAACGAAGAUAAGGAGUUAACAAUGGAAUCGCCAGAAUCUCGUUACGCUUCAUCUCCUGAGGCUCCAGCGAAGCAGUAUUCUCCGCUUGAUUCGCCUUCUGCAGAUUAUACGGAGAAGAACACAUACCUUAGGUUCCUUGUAUCAAAUGCUGGAGCUGGAUCGGUUAUAGGAAAACGUGGCUCAGCAGUCGCUGAUUUUCAGACUCAGUCUGGAGCACGAAUUCAGCUGUCAAGCAGUCAUGAAUUUUUUCCAGGGACAUCUGAUAGGAUUGUUAUGGUGUCUGGAGCAGUUGAUGAUAUACUCAAGGCGGUGGAACUAAUUCUUGCUAAGUUACUUAAUGAGUUCUAUGGUGAAGAAGGUGCAGAAGUUGAUCCAAGAACAAAAGUUAGACUAAUUGCACCAAACGGUUCUUGUGGUGGAAUAAUUGGGAAGAGAGGAGCCACCAUAAAGUCUUUUAUUGAAGAUUCCCAAGCUGGUAUUAAGAUAUCCACUCAGGAUAAUAAUUAUAUUGGAUUGAAUGAUAGGCUAAUAAUACUGACUGGUACCUUAGACGAGCUGAUGCGGGCUACUGAAUUGAUUCUGUCGAAGUUAGCAGAGGAUCCUUAUUACGUACAGUCCUUCAGUGUCCCAUUUACAUAUGCAGGUGUUAUGUUUGCUGGUUUUCCCGGUAUUCCAUAUCCAUAUAUGCGUCCUCCUUCUGUUGGACCAGCUGGGUACAACGCAAUGAAUUUUGGACCCAGUGGACCUGGAAGAAAGUUUCAGAAUAGCAAGGAAGAUAAGAGCAACUCGGUGACUAUGGGUGUUCCAGAUGAGCGUAUCGGGGUUGUCGUUGGCCGUGGUGGAAGGAGUCUUAUGGAAAUAAGUCAGUAUAGUGGGGCUAGGAUAAAAAUAUCAGACAGAGGCGAUUUUGUGUCUGGAACAACAGAUAGGAAAGUGACUAUCACUGGGUCACAGAAAGCAAUCCGGGUAGCUGAGACCCUCAUAGCCCACAAAGUAGAAUUACCCAGAGAUCAAUCCGGAUAGCUGAGGCCGUCAUAGCCCACAAGGUAGAAUUUAAAUUCUGAGAGGUGAUGGAGUUGGUUAUAACGUCACCUUAUUCAUUCUUAUUGAGAAAUUUGUCAGUGGACUUUCUUGCAAUUUCUAUACGCAUUGGGUGAAUUAUGGAACCGUGACCAUUGAAAUGUCUAAAUCUGCUGUGGUGGGUAGCAAGAACCCAAAAAUUUUCAUUGAAGGAGAUUCGUGUUGACUUCUCAGUUUACUGGAAAUGUUUGAGAGAACAAAUUUGUUGGAAGAGGCCAUUGUAGCUGUUUUUAUUAACCAAAUUUAACCAUCCACUUCACAAACAGUUGUAAAUUUCAUUUAGCAGAUGGUAUGCCUCAGAUAUGUUGGUAGGUUGAUUAAAUAUUUGGCUUGACUUUUUCUUUUUUUCUUUUUGAAGAAUCCUUUUAUCAGUAAAAUGUUAUUUCUUGUUUUGGAA